GACCCCGAAUCAAGUAUUCCAUCUUCAUCGUUCUCGUUUACACCCAUUCAGUCGCGUCUACCAAGUUUCUCAUCAUGGUAGAUACACCUGAUAGUGGUACCGAACCUACUGAAAUCGAACUUUCCGUUGUCGCUCGCCUCACAUUCUACAAAGCUGGCAACAACGGCAAAGGCAAGAAACAAACUAAGGAUAUCAAGGCGAAAACUUUCAACCACAACUUCUCCGAGUCAAAAGACAACUAUCUCGAACUUCUAACAGCGAUCCUAGAGAAGCACCAUGUCGAUAAGAAGUACAAAGUCACUGCCCGCAAUGUCUACCCUUGCAAGAUACAAGUCCAUCCGGCCAAGCAGGGCGACGCUCCUGAUGUGGUCAACUACGAGGAAUACCAAGACCUAGUCAAGAAUACGAUCCUUUCUGCACCGGUGGGGAAACCGGUUGUCAUAUUUGUUGAAAUGCCGAGCAUCGAGAAGUCGGCUAAACGAGUGAAAGCAGGUGCUAAUGAAGGGGGAUCGAGUUCCGACGACGAGGGCGCGGCCUGUGACGGAGACGACGAUGACAACCCGGGGCUUUCAAAAGAAGAAUAUGAUCUGGCAAAAGAACGUGCAAAGCUCGAGAAGAAAUAUCAAAACGAUCACGAUGGCGGCUAUACCUAUAUCGACGCGACCGGCGUCUCGAUUCCACUCACCCCAUUCAUGAUGAAAGAGUGGGCUCGUGCUCUUGUUGAUAAGGACAAGAGUGUUGACAUCGACAAUCCGACACACCCUCAAACCUUCGAUCCAGCAAAUAGAAAGUCCUCCUUGCUCACUCGAAAACGCUCCGAAAGCUCCGGGUCUACUGGUACUGAAGUCCCAUCUGAAACAUCGACUCUCGCUGCCCUCUCAGGAAUCAUCAACUCGAUCGCGUCUCUUGUUCACCCAGGCAAUCCACCUCUUCCAAGCACACCAAAGAAAAACCAACCUGACGACCACCAUACCCUCAAGCCAUCUCCCUCGCAGCUUGGUCGAUUUCUUACCCAUGCUGAGAAAGAAGCGGGUGUGAAGAAUGCUUCUCGCCAUGAAUACGCACUUGCCGGCGAAGGAUAUGGACCCGACAUUCUUCAUCUCGUCGACGACAAAGCCUUAUGCGCUCUCGGAAUUCCUGCUGGAGAUGUUCUUCGACUGAAACAGGCUGCGCCGCUGUGGUGGAAAGCAGAACCAGGACGGGCUUUGAAGCAUCGCCAUGAAGUGCUUGAAGGUAGCCCAGCCGAGAAGCUACAGGAAACCCCUCCAAACAAGAAAAUGCGGUUUGAGAAGCGUUACGUCGAAGGUGGAUCUUGGACGCUAUUUGGACCUGGCACCAUGGAAGGCGAUGUCGACCCUAACGCCGAUUUUACUUGGUACUUCUAUUCAAAGGACUUGAAGAUGACCCUUCCGCUUCCGCGUGGUCUGGUUCCGAUUCUUGAUGUACCUGAUCCCCGAAUUGUACUACUUGAACCUAAGGUCUAUACAAAAUGUUCAGACCACAUACCCCGAAGCCUUGAAAAAACCCCAAGCCAUGUUCGACGUGACAUGUUGACAAGCACGAUCUAUGAUAGAGAGAGAAAAGUCUUGCCAAAAACGAUGAAGAAUGAGGACACUUCGAGGACCGGGGUAUGGGUUUCGCGCGGAAGUGACAGAGCCUGA